GAGUCUCUCCGUUUCAGGGUGUAUCUUUGGUCUGGGCCUGUCACCUGGCAAGCCGUCACAAACCCUGUUUUUGAAACCUGAGAACAUUGAGCAAGCGAACAAUUGGUGGAUUGACAUCUCGACCUGCAUACUUUGACCCUCUCUCUCUCUCUCUCUCUCUCUUUCUCUCAAUGCAGCCCUUUUCUAUCUCAUCGUUACGACCUAAAUAAACCACCAUGACAGUAACCUGAAUGACAACUGACCACCAAGAUGACCACCAACAACCUACUCCCAUCCACAACAAGAUCAGCCAUAACCACCACCACCACUCUCCAUUGGCUCUACAUCACCAUCACCAUCCUCCUCCUCCUCACGGCCCUAAGCGCCGCCGACCCCGCCCUCACCCAGCAAGCCACGACCAUCAUCGUCGUCACAGUGACUGCCACCACCGUCGCGACGCCCACCGUCCCCCACCCACCCUCCUACACCUCGCUCGACCUCUUCGCCAACACCAUCCUCAGCGUCACCAACUCCUACCGCCAAGCCCACAACGCCAGCAACCUCAUCUGGAACAAGAGCUUGGCCGAGUACGCGAAGAAAUGGGCCGAAGGGUGUAGAUGGGCGCAUUCGCACGGCCCCUACGGCGAGAACCUAGCCUUUGGGUUCCCGAACGCCUCGGCCGCCGUCGCCGCCUGGGGCGACGAGGGCCUGCGCUACAACUUCCGGGACCCGACGGGGUUCACUGAGGAGACGGGCCACUUCACGCAGCUGGUGUGGCGGGCGACGACCGAGGUGGGCUGCGCGGCGGUGGACUGUGGGGUGGAUGUGAAUGAUGGGAAGGAUUCGCAGGGGACGAAGAAUGGGGAUACUGCCAACAAGAAUGGCAGCAACAACGGGGAAGGCAUCAAUGGCAUCCAGCGGCCGCAGGGCUGGUACGUGGUGUGUGAGUAUACGCCCCCGGGGAAUGUGAUCGGGGGCAAUGAGAAGCUGGGCGAUAAGGCGUUCUUUCGCAUCAAUGUGCAGGCGUCGAGUACGUAUUCGGGGCCGUGGCAGACCGCCGGCAAUAGUGGGGGGAGUAAGACUUCCGUUGCGUCGAGUACGUCGGGAGCUGCUGCUGCUGUUGCUGCUGUCUUAAGGGGAAAGAGUUGGCGGUGGGUUGUUUAUGGGCUUGUUGUUCUGGGGUCUGGGGGUCUGGGUCAGUGGGUGGUGGAUUAUCUGGUUGUUUAGUCUAUAUUUUUGUUGCAGGUCUGAAAG